AUGAAGACCCGUAAGUUAUACGGAUUGAUAAAAAAAGCGUAUUAUGAAAAAAGAAAAGAUUUAAUUUUUUACUUUUUCUUUUUAUUAAUACCUUUUUUGUUAGUAUCAUUUCAUUUGUUCCUAAGGAAUAUAAGUGAUAAGUAUUCGCUUGAAAUAUAUAACGCUACUCCAGAAAAUGAUAAAAUAGAUUUGAAUGACACAAUAAGGCAGUAUGUCUUAUUUUUGAGCAAUGAAUUGUGUUCCAAAGAAGUAGAAGAGAAUGUAUACAUAAAUCACAUCUGCGUGACACCAGAUGAUAAUAUUUCGAGGGCCUUUGUGGCCUAUGCAAACGAAGUUGAUCUGAACAUAUUUCGAGUGUACAAGAGUGAAGAAGAAUGUCUGAAGAAUUUAAAAUACGCUAUACAACUUAGAGCUAGCGAUUUAAGCAAUCUGAACAAGAAGCAAAAUGGAGGAAAAGAUGAAAAUAAAAAGAUUUCUAACUUAAUAUCCAUUAUUAAAAAUAAUUUGAAACAAAGCGAUUCUGUGACCUUGGAUGAACUGUAUGGAAAAAUACAUUCGCAAAAAAAUUAUGACGAUUUGUUAAGUUUACAUUUUGAUGAAGAGACAAAAAGAGAAAUUAAAAAAACAAAAUUAUAUAAGUCAUUUAUUAAGGAUAUGAAAAAUUUGAAAGAUGAAAGUAGUUACAAUGCUUUCUUCAAAGAUGAAAAAAAAAAAAUUUUUUUUUUUAAUUUUGUCAAGAGUAAUCUUAUUCAGACGAACAAAUCUUGUGGAUUAUUGGCCAUUGAAAAUGUCACAUAUUCAGAUGAAGAAAGUAAGUUGAGUUUUUCCUACGUUUUAGGGAGAAAGCCAAGUUGGGAAAUUAAGAAUGAUGCAAAAUAUAAUCACAUGAAUGGACAAAAUUCACGCAGAAAAUUUUCUCAAAAUGAUAGAAAUGAAAACCAGGUUAAGGGAAAGAACGAAUUUGCAAUUUACCCUGUAUUUUCAAAUGAACACAAAAAUAAAAAGGAUGUCAUUACAAAUGUGAGUUACAAAAUAAGAGUAGGAGAUUACGCUUUGAUUGAAUCUAGUGAGGAUUAUUUUUUUAACGAUAUUAAUAUAAAUUUAAAGCAGAAUUUUGUAAAUUUCAGCACCAUCGAUGAUUUGUCUUUUAACAUUUAUUUUAACGAAUGGUAUUACAGAAGUUUCUUCAUUGUGUUGGAGUAUCACUUUAAUUUAUUCUUGUUGAGGUAUAAUAGCAGCGUGCAGAUGGCUUAUAGUGAUCGAAUUGGUUCUUGCCCAAACGAGAAACGUGAUUCGAUCUAUAGCGAGAAAUACAAUUCUCACAGUAACGAAAAAUAUAAUUCACGUGUGAGAAUCUCUUCUCCAACCGAUUCAACAGACACGUAUUCAUCCGACAUGCCGAAGAAUCCCGUGGAAGGAGAACGACAGUCGAAGAGCACAUCCAUGCUACAUCUGAAUGAUUUCUUUUUAGUGAAAAUGCCAAUGAGGAAUAUGAAGAUAAACGCUUUUGAUGCGUUUGAAAAAAAUAUAUUUCGAGUUGUGAUGUUUUUGUGUGUCUGUCUAUUCAUUGUAAAUAUAUGCUUUGACAUCAACAAAGAGAGAAAAAUGAAUAUGGAAAAUUUUCUAUUUUGUUUAAAAAUAAAUAAAUAUUAUUAUUAUUUUUCAUGGCUUUUGUUUUACUUUCUUGUGUUAUUUGUAUAUAAUAUCUUAUUCAGUUAUAUAAUAUAUGUAUAUAUAUACAAAAGAUUUGUACAUUAUUUUAUUGUAUUCACAUGUAUUUAUUUUUUUAUGAUGAAUAGCUUAUUAUUUACCAUUAUUUGUAUGCAAUUUUCUGAUAAUAGUGUAAUAAAUUACAUUGCAUCCUUUUUAUUUUUUUUUCUCUUCUCUUCCUUCCGCUUAAUUAUACACUCAGGUAUUGGAAGAGUUUUGUCAUUCCUCGUUUUGUUAAUUCCUCACGCAUCCUUUUGUCUAGCAUUAGAUUUUUUUUUCAUUCUAAUUAAAAAUGAUAUUCCAGUUUAUUAUUCAGAAUUAUUUAUUAAAUUUGAAAAUAUAUCCCUAAUGCAUCUUUUCCUUCACUCUCUUUUAUCCUUUCUAUUGCUAAUCUGCAUAUUAACUUACAUGAUCUAUUAUCGAAACAACCACCAUGGAAUGUUAUAUCAAUGGACAAGGAAGAAAAAUAAAACUGUAAGAAAAAGUGAAACAAGUUGGGAUGAACGAGUUGCAAAUUCGAGAAAUACUUUUAUGUUACAGAUGGAAAAUCACGAAUUGAGUGAAAAAUUAUGCAAAGAGAGAUUCACCUAUCAUAUUCCUUCUGAAGAAACAAAACCAAAAAAAUUAAAGCAAUCACAAAAACCAGGAGAAAAACAAUAUAGAAACAGUGAAUUGAGAGAAGAACAUUACAGAAAUAACGAAUCAGACGAUUGCUAUUUGAUCAUAAAGAAUGUGAACAAAACAUAUGGAAGAAAACAUGUUUUGAAAGAUGUUUCAUUAACUUUGAGAAAUAACAGAAUAUUCGUUUUGCUUGGAGAAAAUGGAUCCGGAAAAUCAACACUCAUUAAUAUCAUAACAAAAAUGAUAACGAAAGAUUCAGGGGAAAUAAGCUUCUUUAAAAACAGAUCGAAAAAAAAAAAAAAAUUGAAUAAUCUUACAAGGGUCCUAGAUACUAGCGCUGAUAUACCAAAUAAUGGACAUAACAUCUUGACCAAUUUGUCUACUACCCUUCCCAAUAAAUGUAGAAAAAUUAUACAACAUUUAAUAACCUCUCCAAUGAUUGGAAAAAUUUGGAAGAAAAGGAAAAACGGAAUGAAACUGAGUUAUUGCAGCCAAAAUGUUAUUCUUUAUGAAAAUCUAACAUUUUUUGAAACGAUUAUAAUCUUUUUAUUAUAUUAUAAUAAAAAUAUUGAAAAAUAUUUAAAAAAAAAAAGAACUUUAAAGAUUAUGAACGAUUUGGAUUUAUCUCCAUAUCUGAAUCAUAAAAUUAAAGAUUUGAUAGAUGAUGUAAAAAAAAAAAUAUCCAUUUUUAUCUGUUUUCUUGUGAAAAGAGAUGUGUACAUUCUAGACGAACCAUUCAUUGCUUUGGAUAUUAAAACAAAGACCAAACUUUUCAAAUUUUUUGAUAAAAUUAAAAAAAAUAAUAUCCUUUUUAUAUGCACCCAUGAUAUUUAUGAAGCCAACUAUUUUGCGAACGACAUUGCCAUUAUUAAAAGUGGACAUAUUAUUUUUAGUGGAUCCAAAUCUCAAUUUCUGAAACUAGUUGAUUAUAAAUUUGUUCUUAAUAUUCGGUUUAACAAUCAAGAGACGGAAAAACAAUACCCAUUUUUCUCAAAUUCAGGAUCUAUUCAGGAAAGGUCAAUUCGGUCUGCGCGAGCGUCUAGAGAUGGACUUACUGGAGCAUCUAAAGAUGAUCCUACAGGAGAUUGUGAAAAACUACCAUCUAACCACAAUCGUAGCAAUUUAUUCAAAAUUUUAACUGAAGAUAUAAAUACAACAGAUAGAAAAAACAUAGAGACAGUAAAAAAACAUAUAAUAGAUUUUGUUAAAAUUAUGAGAGAAGAAAAUAAAACUUGUUUUAUAUUUUUUAAUUCCAAUUAUGUAUACUGUACUUACAAAAUUAACGAAACAGAAUCUUUAAAAAAAUUGCUCUACUUAUUGAGAAGGUUCAAAAAUAUUCUGACCUAUCAGCUAAAAACGAUUGACAUAUAUUACACGUACAUAUACAUCUACUCUUAUAGUGAAAAAAAGAACCUUUUGAUGAAUGUUCACGAUAGAGAUCUCAGCUACCUAAUAAAAAUGGAUCCUCUUUUUUAUCUCUUCUUCGCAAAUGUUAAAUAUUUCAAUGAGUUGAAUAAUAAUAUGCUAAUUUCUAAGAGUCAACAGAGUACCAAACAUUUACCAUCCGAUUUUGGAUAUCUAAGAGACAUUUUGAUCAAAACAAAAAAUAGAUGCAACUCUCAAUAUGAAUGUGAAAAGCGUGCCUACUUAACUGCACGUGAAUCUGAUGAAUUCCUUUCCAUACAUACUGCAGAUUGUACACCCAUAGUGCAAUCGCACACACAAUCAUUUACACAGGUGCAAAGGUGUAGACACACGAAAGACACGAUGAUGAGAGUGAAUAACUUCUACAUAGGAGGAAUGAUCAAAAGAUGGAUUAGCUUGUUCGCAACAUAUGUUAAGCCAUCUCUAUAUAUGAAAUUAAAAAAGGAUUUAAGCAACACCAGUUUUUACUGGUAUAAAUUUUGGGUUCCAAUAUUUUUACUAUCCCUAGGUUUACUCAUAAUUAAAUGCGUGUCUCUUUUUGGAAAAGUUAAAAAUAUAGAAUUGGAUUAUGCAACAAUUUCUUCAAAUCAUUUGAAGAAGAGUACAUUAAAUUAUUAUAUUAUUUAUACAUCUGAAAUGAUUUCACAUGAUGAUGAACACAAAAUGCAACAAGUGGUUUUGAGCACUGGAGACAAUAAUAAGACCCCUGUGGAUGUUACUUCCAAAUGGUUCCAAAAAUGGAACUGGAGGAGACAAGAAAAAAAGGUACAUCCAAUGAAAGAGAUAAAAAAUGACAUACAAGUAAAGAAGAAAGGAAGUGUUAAUAAUAUAUUUGAUUUCACAGAAAAUAACUUUCUGUAUUACAAUAAUACGAUAAAAUCUCUUCUGGAUAAACAUUGCAUAAAUGAAAAAAUUAGAUAUAUUGACGAAUUUAUUAAUGAAGACAAUUUGUAUGAACAUGUUAAUAAUUAUUUGAAAAAAAAAUCAAUUCUUGAGGAUGAUAUAUCGUUAGGCACGUACAUAUUUCAUAUUAAUGAAAAACAGGUUCAAGAUAACGAUUUAGAUACCAGUUCACAUGUAGAAAUGAAUAUAAACCUUUUUUAUAACUACACCUCUAUUCAUUCGUAUGCAUAUUAUACCAAUUCGGCCUUUAAUAUUUUAUCAGAUUUUCAAAACUCUCUCAUGAAUAGUGAAAUAAAAGGAAACAGUGAAAAAUGGAGCAUAAAAGAAAAUAUCGCGAAUGGAUCAUCCAAUCUAAACAAAAAAAAAAUAGAUGUAACUAAUGAACCAUUCACCAUAAAAUUUCAUGAAUACUUUCUAAGGGACUUCUACAUCAACAUGUAUGUGUUCUUGUCUAUAGUAAUAUUUUUUUGCGUUUUCUUUGAAAAAUUAAAAAACGAAAUUGAAUAUAGAAAAGUUUUCUAUCACUUCCAUGUGCAUAAAUAUGUUCAUUAUUUUCAAAUUUUGCUAUUAGAAUAUUUUUACUAUUUAAUAUAUAUUAUACUAUUAAUCACCGUUUUGUAUCUAUUUGAGUAUCAAGGAUUUGUAAUUUCAUCCUUCUUUUUAUUUCUAAUGCUUUAUGGAUUUAACACCUUUUUAUCUAUUUCUUUAUUUUCUUCUUUAUAUUUGCAUAGUUCCAUCCUUUUUGUAUUUAUAAAUUUCAUUUUUUGUGGAAUUGUUAGUAUAGUUAUCUAUGUUUUAGCCAUUUUGUCCUAUGCUUACAAUAAUGAAGUGUUGAUGAAUCUAUCUCAUGUUCUCGUCUGCAUAUUCAGAAUUCUAGAUUCCUUCUCCCUGUCCCAUGUUCUUAAUAUUAGUAGUUUAUGUAUUAAUAUGAAACGUCACAUGAAGCAAAUGGAUGAAAAUGUAAUGAAGGCAGAUUCAAGGGAAAUUUUCAAAACCAGUAAGAUUUAUACAUAUCUCUUUGGAACAUAUAAAGAUGUAUUUCCAUCAAAUCAGGCAACUAAAAAUUAUCCUGCAGGUGUUUCUGAAGUAAUGAAUGGAUUUUGUGGUGAAUCCAGUUCGUUUUACAACACUACAGGAGAUUUUUACUUCCUAAUAGUUAAUUGUGUGUUGUAUUUGCUUAUCUUGUUUUAUAAAUUGUAUAAACAUAACAAGGCUAGACAGAACCAGAACCAAAGCCAGAAUCAGGAUCUCAAAAAGGUAGAUGCAAAUGAACUUGACAGAGAUGUUAGAACCCAUUCCUCUUCCCAAAAAUAUUUCUUCUUCGUUAAACAUUUCUACUUGGCUAACAUGGCAUACAAGUGUGAAAAGGAUAAGAAAAAAAAUGGAUUCUUUAAAAUUAUCAGUUUUGUGAAAAAAUUCUUAGGAUUACAGAAAAAAAAAACAAUCGUAAAGGAUUCUUACAACUCAUUUGGCAACUCAGAAUCGGAGACAGAAACGAAUGCAAGCCUCGAUCAGCAUGAUGAGAAGCAAAAAAGAAAUGUAAAGGUGAAAUUGUCAAAACCAUUAGAUAAUCAAAGUUUCCGCUACGAGGAUGGUGAAUGUGAAGAAACCAUUGAAAAAAUGACAGAUCUGGAAAGUGUGUUGAAGGUGGAGGAUGAUUCCACAGCUGAACGACACAUUGGAAAACACUCCGCAGAAGAAAAAUAUAUACUGAAAAAUAUAAACGUAAGAAUGAAGCCAUACAAGAUAUAUACCUUUUCAUCCAUAUUUAACCACGACUUGAAUGUUCUUUAUUUUUUUAAGUUUUUUUUCUCCAAUGAGAAGAGGAAAAUUGGCAUCGAGCGUUACCACUGCCUGGGGAUCAACAAGGCCUCAAUGCAGAAUGGGAAAAGAGCCAAAAGUGGAGAAGCUGUUAAAAUUGGAGAUGCUGCCAAUAGUGGAGAAGCCUCCAAUAGUGGAGAAAUCUCCAAUAGUGGAGAGCCAACAAAACCUCGAAGAGAUAAGAAAAAAAGGAACAAGAGGAGAGGUAGAAAACACCCAAACAAAAACACCAAGUCAAGCAAUAAUAAAAACACCAUUAUCAACGAAGCAUUCAUAGCACCAAUGCAGAGGGAAGAUGAAACGAAUUACAAAAUUGUGCUCAUACCAGACAUGACAAUAUAUGAACACGUUAAGAUAAUCCUAACUUAUAAAAACAUAAUACUUACAGAUAUGGAACUAAUGUACAUGAUUCAUUUACUCAUGCUCAUCGUUAAUUUGAAAUGUGAUAUACAUCUAAGAUGCAAUGAGCUCAGUGGGGGGAUGAAGAAAAAAGUGGAAUUAAUUCUUAACUUGCUACGAAAUGAAAAAAUUAUUUUCCUCUACAAAUUGAAUGAUAACAUAGAUUUCUGUUCUCAGAUUUACAUAAAUACUAUUCUGAAGAAUAUCAUAUUGGUUAAUGAGUAUGACGAUAUGUUCAGCCUGGGUGAUCUAAGCGAACGCAGCAAAAACCACGUUAAAAGGGACUCACAGGAGGAAGGUGAGAUUAAUCAGGUGAUGCAUCAAUCCUGUACAGUGUACAGAGGAGACAAAUCAGAGAAAGAGAAAAGUGACUACAAUUGUGAUAGAUACGGAUUGCCACAGGAUGAAGGAAAGACGACGACGUGCCUCAUUUCGUCCAACAUGCAAAGUUCGAAUGAAAAUAUAAUAAACUCAUAUAUCAAGGAAAAUAUUUUGAAAAUUAAAUUUACUCCUAAAAUUUUUGUAAUUUAUACACAUAUAUACACAGACAUUCUUUACUAUGAUUAUUUAUACUUAUUCAAUAAAAAAAAAAUUACAUACCACAAUUGCACAAAGAAUAUUAUUACAACUUUCAAGAAUCAUUAUUCUUUUCAUGUAAAGUUGAAGGGAAUUGACGAAGCAAAGAUCCAUGAAUAUAUAAAAGUUUUCUUUUGCACCAACAAACGUGCGUUUCUGAAAUUUAGAAAAGUUGUGAAUAUAUUCGACCAGAGAAAUGCUAUAAUGAGGAAAAAAAGUGGAUAUGCAUGCCUUACUGAAGGCAAUCCGGCAUGUGACCGUGACGAUGACAAUGUCUGUGACAAUGAUCAGGGAGCCCAUGGCAUAUUCACAAACUCAACGAUUUCAUUCAUCGAAAAAAACGCAAAGAAGGGUGCGCUGAACCUACGCAACAUUUUCUACAUUUUUAAAACCGUCAAGAGAAAAAAAAAAAAAAAAAAAAAAAAAAAAAAAAUUUUUUUUACAAGAUUUCUCAAGUUUCACAAAGUCCUUCUCAAUCUAAUAAUGGACAGCAAAUCUGAUGUUAUUUUAUACCUAAACAGAAAUAAAUACAUUUCCAUAUUUCUGCUCUUCAAAUUUGUAAUUUGUCACUUAGCUUAUGCUAGUAUUCAAAAGUUUGUUCAAAAACAUAAGGAAAUAAAAACAGUUUACUCUGAGAUUACUAAGUUCAAUCAUUACUUUUUUAUUUUAAAGAUACCACACAGUAGGCACUUCUUCAAGUUGUUGGAAAUUAACCAAAGAAUCAAGUUCAGAGACAAGGAAAUACAAGUCCAACGAGUAAACAUUAACAAUGUCAAUGCGAACGAUAUUUUCCUCCUCCUCUUUAAGAAAUUGCUUUGA